UGCCAUUGCCAGCUAAGCUUGAACAACAGCUGAGAGGGCAAAAUGGUAAAAAUCUAAGAAAGCGAAGUGUUCCAACUUGCCAACAACAAUAACACACACCGCCGUGGCCUUUUGAGUCAGCCAGGCAGUCAGAGAGAGAGAGAGAGAGAGAGAGAGAGAAACAAAGAAAGCAAAACAGACAGAGAGAGUGACUGAAAGAUUGUAGAACAAGGAAACCUCAUCAAAAAAACAAAUAUAUAUUUGGUAAAAGCAGUAGUUGUUGUUGUUGUUGUGGUCUCAGUUGCAGUUACAGUUAGCUCUUUCUCUGCCUGCCUGCUGUUACUAAUCGUUCGUUGUUGUUGUUGUUGCUUCUUAUUCAAAGUUCAAACAACCUCUUAACAACCUCCAUUACCACCACUACCUAGCUAGAUAUUCCACAACAUUCACCUUGUUGCUAUAUCAUUGUCCUCUUCGUCUCAAUCAGUCUCCCAAAUGAUCAGACCAAAUUCCUAACUGAAUUAACAUUUGCUAGCUACUCUACCCACCUCUCUUCUGUUUUGUUCUCUUUCUGUUCCUCAUUUCUUUGAAGUGAAACCAACGACGCAUGGAAGCAUCUGAGAAUUGUAGUGUUAAGGUUGCUGUUCACAUACGGCCCCUCAUUUCCGAUGAGCGCCUUCAAGGUUGUAAAGAAUGUGUUACUGUCACACCCGGGAAACCUCAGUUACAGAUUGGCUCUCAUUCCUUUACAUUUGAUCAUAUCUAUGGAAACAGUGGAUCUCCUUCAUCUGCCAUGUUUGAAGAAUGCAUUGCUCCACUUGUUGAUGGUUUAUUCCAAGGAUAUAAUGCUACUGUACUGGCCUAUGGUCAGACAGGAUCUGGGAAAACAUAUACCAUGGGGACUAGCUUCAAGGAUGGUUGUCCGACAGGACUGAUUCCACAAGUUAUGAAUUCACUAUUCAACAAGAUUGAAAUAUUGAAGCAUCAAACAGAAUUCCAGUUGCAUGUUUCUUUCAUCGAGAUCCUGAAGGAAGAAGUAAUGGACUUGCUGGAUUCUGUAUCUAUUAGCAAAUUAGAGACUGCUAAUGGGCAUACUGGAAAAGUUUCUGUUACUGGGAGGCAGCCAAUUCAAAUUCGUGAAACCUCAAAUGGAGUUAUAACACUAGCAGGAUCAACUGAAAUUGCUGUUAGUACAUUACAGGAAAUGGCCACUUGCCUGGAGCAAGGAUCUUUAAGCAGGGCAACUGGGAGUACAAAUAUGAACAACCAGUCCAGUCGGUCACAUGCUAUCUUCACAAUCACAUUGGAGCAGAUGCGCAAAAUCCAUUCAGAUGUUCCUGGCUGUGACUCCCCGGAGGAGGAUAUGGGUGAAGAAUAUUUUUGUGCAAAGCUCCAUCUGGUAGAUCUUGCUGGAUCUGAACGCGCUAAAAGAACAGGUUCUGAUGGUCUUCGUUUGAAAGAAGGUAUACACAUAAAUAAGGGACUUCUUGCACUUGGUAAUGUCAUUAGUGCAUUAGGGGAUGAGAAAAAGCGGAAAGAGGGUGUGCAUGUCCCUUACCGAGACAGCAAACUAACUCGACUGUUGCAGGAUUCACUUGGUGGAAACAGCAAGACUGUCAUGAUAGCUUGCGUCAGUCCUGCUGACAUCAAUGCUGAGGAAAGUCUUAACACACUCAAAUAUGCGAAUCGUGCCCGCAAUAUUCAAAAUAAGCCUGUUGUUAAUAGAGAUUUAAUAUCCAAUGAGAUGCAAAAGAUGCGGCAGCAGCUAAUGAACUUACAGGCAGAGCUUGGUGCUCGUGGGGGAGGAGCACCAUCAGAUGAAGUGCAGGUUCUCAAGGACCGGAUUGCUUGGCUUGAGGCUACCAAUGGGGAUCUUUGUCGAGAACUUCAUGAAUACCGCAGUAGAUGUGGUGUCAUACAGCAUGAUGUAAUAGAUGGUCAAGAAGGCCACUUCGGUUUUACAAAAAGUGAUGGACUUAAGAGGGGCUUUCAGAGCAUAGACUCAUCUGAUUAUCAGAUUGUUGAAACCAUAUCAGGUGAAAGUCCCAGGGAAUUUGAUGAAGUAACUAAAGAGUGGGAGCAUGCACUUCUGCAAGAUACAAUGGACAAAGAGUUAAAUGAAUUGAACAAACGUUUGGAGCAGAAAGAGUGUGAGAUGAAACUUUUUGGUGGCAUUGAUACUGAAGCACUCAAGCAGCACUUUGGGAAGAAAAUCACAGAACUUGAGGAAGAAAAAAGAAUUGUGCAGCAAGAAAGGGAUCGUUUGUUGGCAGAAGUUGAGAAUCUUGCUGCCAAUUCUGAUGGGCACACACACAAAAUGCAAGAUAAUCACGCUCAAAAACUAAAAGGGCUUGAAGCACAGAUUUUAGAUCUUAAGAAGAAACAAGAAAGCCAGGUCCAACUCUUGAAGAAAAAACAAAAAAGUGAUGAAGCAGCAAAGCGCCUGCAAGCUGAAAUACAGUAUAUAAAGGCUCAGAAAGUUCAGUUGCAGCAUAAGAUAAAACAAGAGUCAGAACAAUUUCGACAAUGGAGGGCUUCUCGUGAGAAGGAAUUGCUUCAGCUAAGGAAAGAGGGAAGGAGAAAUGAGUAUGAACGACAUAAACUCGAAGCUCUGAAUCAGCGCCAGAAAAUGGUUCUUCAAAGAAAGACAGAAGAGGCUGCUAUGGCAACCAAACGGUUGAAAGGGUUGUUGGAAGCUCGUAAGCCUGCUGCACGUGACCACUCAGUGACAUCCAACGGACAUACACAGACUGGACAGGGAAAUGAAAAAUCUUUGCAAAGGUGGCUUGAUCAUGAGUUGGAAGUCAUGGUGAAUGUGCAUGAAGUUCGUUUUGAAUAUGAAAAGCAAACCCAAGUACAAGCUGCACUGGCAGAAGAGUUGGCCAUAAUGAAACAAGUGGAUCAGUUUUCUUCUAAUGGGCCAAGUCCCCCAAGAGAGAAGAGUGGAUAUUCCAGACUGUUAUCCAUGUCACCAAAUGCAAGAAUGGCAAGGAUAGCUUCUCUGGAGAAUAUGCUGAACAUGACUUCAAAUGCAAUUGUGGCAAUGGCUUCACAACUUACAGAGGCAGAAGAAAGGGAUCGUGCCUCAAUUGGUCGUGGACGUUGGAACCACUUACGCUCAAUGGGAGAUGCUAAGAACUUGCUUCACUAUAUGUUUAAUUCUGCUGCGGAAGCAAGGUGCCAGUUGUGGGAAAAGAAUGUGGAGAUUAAGGAAAUGAAAGAGCAGCUGAAAGAUCUUGUAUCUCUGCUACAACAAAGUGAAGCACAGAGAAAAGAACUCAUAAAGGAGCAAAAAAUGAGGGAACAAGCUGUUGCAAUUGCCUUGUGUUCAUCAGCUUCGGGAAAUUCACGCACUUCAUUGAAACACUUUGCGGAUGAUAUGAGUGGCCCCUUGUCUCCAAUGUCUCUUCCAGCACCAAAGCAACUGAAGUUCACACCUGGAAUUGUUAAUGGAUCAGUUAAGGAGUCAGCAACAUUUGUAGACCAGACACGAAAGAUGGUACCUAUGGGACAAUUGUCAAUGAAGAAACUAGCAGCUGUAGGACAAGCUGGCAGACUCUGGAGGUGGAAGAGAAGUCACCAUCAGUGGCUAGUACAGUUCAAAUGGAAGUGGCAGAAGCCAUGGAGACUCUCAGAAUGGAUCAAGCACAGUGAUGAGACAAUCAUGAGGUCAAGGCCACGACCACAAGCUCUGGUUGGAUGAUGUGAUAACCUCCGAAUUCAUCAUCUUUUUUUUUUGGUGUACAUACAUUGACUGCUAUAUACAAUCCAGGAUGUGGCCCGGUGGAAAUAUCAAUAGGCAUCUCAUGAAGUGAAAGGAGGAGAUUGGAGUUUUCCAUGGUCUUUUGGUUGAGACAUUGAUUGGAUUUGGGGUAUCUUCGACUAUUUUCUGGAUUUGAUUGGUAAAGAUUACAUGAGAAGCACUUCUCAGGCUGGCAUGUUGACAGCAAUCAUAGGAAAAGGCAGAUGUUGAGUGAAAGAGUUGCAUAGGCCACAGAUGUAUUUUGUGAUGCUACUGUAUCUUUUUUUUUUUUUUUUUAACAAGCUACUGUAUCAUGUUGAUGUAUUUCGUUUUUUCUUGUUUUUGUACAUUGUGUAUGUCUGUAGUGUUUCCUUUUUGUGAAGAAGAUAGUCAAGAUUAGAUUAACAGUUAGUCAAAGUA